UUGCAGGCGGACGAUGAGCACUACAUCCCGCGGGCUGUGCUGCUGGACCUCGAGCCCCGUGUCAUCCACUCCAUCCUCAACUCCCCUUACGCCAACCUCUACAACCCGGAAAACAUCUACCUGUCAGAGCAUGGAGGGGGAGCUGGGAACAACUGGGCCAGUGGCUUCUCACAGGGAGAAAAGAUCCAUGAAGAUAUUUUUGACAUAAUAGACAGAGAGGCUGAUGGCAGUGACAGCUUGGAAGGGUUUGUGCUUUGCCACUCCAUCGCUGGUGGAACAGGCUCUGGGCUGGGCUCAUACCUCCUGGAGAGGCUGAAUGACAGGUAUCCCAAGAAGCUGGUGGAGACCUACUCAGUAUUCCCAAACCAGGACGAGAUGAGCGACGUUGUAGUGCAGCCAUACAACUCCCUGCUGACGCUGAAAAGGCUGACUCAGAAUGCUGACUGUGUGGUGGUUCUGGACAACACAGCCUUGAAUCGGAUCGCAACAGACCGGCUGCACAUUCAGAACCCAUCCUUCUCACAGAUCAACCAGCUGGUCUCCACCAUCAUGUCUGCCAGCACCACCACGCUCAGAUAUCCUGGGUACAUGAACAAUGACCUCAUCGGGCUGAUCGCCUCGCUGAUCCCCACGCCCCGGCUGCACUUCCUCAUGACAGGGUACACACCACUCACCACCGACCAGUCGGUGGCCAGCGUGAGGAAAACCACAGUCCUGGAUGUGAUGAGAAGGUUGCUGCAGCCUAAAAACGUGAUGGUGUCCACAGGACGAGACAGGCAGACCAACCACUGCUACAUCGCCAUCCUCAAUAUCAUCCAAGGGGAGGUGGAUCCUACGCAGGUUCACAAGAGCCUGCAGCGGAUCCGGGAGAGGAAGUUGGCCAACUUCAUCCCCUGGGGCCCUGCCAGCAUCCAGGUGGCUUUGUCCCGCAAGUCCCCUUACCUGCCGUCUGCUCACCGUGUCAGCGGACUCAUGAUGGCAAACCACACCAACAUCUCCUCGCUGUUCGAGCGGACGUGCCGGCAGUAUGACAAGCUGCGCAAACGGGAGGCCUUCCUGGAGCAGUUCCGCAAGGAGGACAUCUUCAAGGACAACUUCGACGAGCUGGACAACUCUCGGGAGAUAGUGCAGCAGCUGAUCGACGAGUAUCACGCGGCCACGCGCCCCGACUACAUCUCCUGGGGCACGCAGGAGCAGUGAGUGCCCUGCCAGGGGACGGGAGGGUCCCACAGCCACCCCCACGCACGCCAGCAGGGCUUGUCUCUGCCGUGCCCACGUUUAUCACCCUUCAGCGCUGCCCA